AAGGCCUAGUAACCUACCAAAACGUCAACAGUCAACCGUCAGCCACAGCUCAAUCUACAUCCAACCAACAAACAAACCAAAGAACCUUCCAACAUGAUGAAGAUCACCAUUGCCGCCCUGGCCCUUUUGGCCGUCGCCGUUGCAGCUUACGAGCAUGAGGACUACCAUUCGCAUCCCAGCUACAAGUUCGAGUAUGGCGUGAAGGACCCGCACACCGGUGAUCACAAGAGCCAGUGGGAGCAUCGGGAUGGAGAUGUCGUCAAGGGAGCCUACACUCUGCAUGAGGCCGAUGGAACUGAGCGAGUGGUCGAGUACUCGUCCGACAAGCACAACGGAUUCCAGGCUCAUGUGAAGCGUGUGGGUCAUGCUCAUCACCCGGAAGUCUAUGGACAUCAUGAGGGAGGACACUCGUACGGUGGACACGGUCAUGGACAUGCUAGCAGCUAUGCCAACGGCAACCUCCAUCAGUAUCAUCAUUGAGGAAUACUCGAGAUCGAUCUGUGGCUAUUCCUGUCGUUUGUAGAUUGAAUAAAUCGAAAUC